AGGCCAGCCGUUCCGGGCCGCUGUUACGGACGCUUGUUGGUCUCCGGGGCUACCAGGCUCGGAGAGGAGCGGGGCCCGGCCUACCGGCAUUUGAAAAUGGAGUGGGGAGGUGAAUAUUCUCUUGAUUCUUCCAAUUUGGAUUGCUUGUUAAAUAUACUUCCUGGAGAUCUGGAGUUUCAGCAGAUAAUUGGAGACAUUGAUGAGAAGAUAAAGAAAAACACUUCUGGCAUGGAACAGUGUCUUAAAGAGCUACAAUUGGAAAUAAAUGAGAUGUGUUCUGAUGAGUUGCUACAGGACACAGCUGACUGUCUGCAGUGGUUAAAUAAUUGCAGUUUCACCUCACUCAAGCCUUCUUUAACACCUCAUGGAGAAUUGAUCGAAUUUCUUCAGACACUGCAAGGCUUAAUGAAGAAUGAACAAAACCAAGAAGAAAUUAUUCUUCACUUCCUCCUUGAUCUCUCUAGUCAGUGUGGUGUCUUAUUCCCGUGUACUCCAAGUGGGGCAUCUUUUGAAUUUACCUCUGGUGCUUCCCUUCAUGGUAUUGAAGAUGAUUCUGCAAUGGAUGUUCAAUGUAUUUGGGAUGAUAUAAGGUUACAUCUACGGCGCUUCUUAGUAAACCAGUUACAAAAUCAUGAGGAAGCAAAAACUGGUACUUUACAAGAGCAAUUGCACUUUAAAACUCGAUGUCUACAGCAGCUUUUAUUUCUUUAUCCUGAGUCAGAAGUUCUAGCCAAAUAUCAAAAUAUGCAGAAUAAAUUGGUUAGUGAUCUUUUGCAGAAAUGUGUUCUAGAAAGCAGUGGAGAAACAAACUUUGAAAAGAUGGUUCAUGGUUAUGAAAGUUCAAUUCCUGCCAUGUGUGCAAUGAUAAAAGAAGAUUUGUAUAUACUAAGUGGAAUUAUUGAUUCUCCUUCAACACUGAAGUUUAUUAAUGAAACUUAUUUGGAUACCAUCACUGAAGAAAUGACUCUUCUUCUUGAAACACUUUGUGAGCUUCAGUUUAAAGAAAAUGCAUUACAUGGUGUUAAGGCAAGCAAGAGCUUAAAGAAACACAGAAGAUUAGCUCCUGUUGGGGAUGUUCAAGAAUAUUCCAGAAAAGGAAGAAACUUCUGUUUAACACUGCAUCAACUCAGAUGCCUUUCCAAGCUUAUAAACCUGUUUUUGUUGAUGGAAGAAAAGGUUGAAGAACUGUCUUCAGAAAUGCUGUUAUUGCCAAACUUUUUAGAGAAUAAAAAUGUUCAAGGAGUUCUGAAGAAAGCUGGACAGGGAGAGCUUUUAAUAGGGGAAAGUAAAGCAAAUGAAACUGGUGUGCUUCCUGAACAGUUACUUCCGCUAAAAAAGUCUGCCAUGCUAGAGUUUGGCUGGAGAAAUGCAUUUAGAGACCUGUCUUCUUCAGUAGCACAUUGUAUAACAAUUGUAGUUGAAGAUUUUUCCAGUAAAAUUCUGCAGUAUGAACAGAAUGAACAGACUUCAGCUACCUGCUAUGUGAUGCAUCUUGUAUAUGUAAAGCCCAUGAAGGAAUCCUGGGGUGUAAUACAUGAGAGGGAACAACCAAAACAAAUUUCCAAGUUUUGUAAUGACAUUAUGGAAGAACUUGACACAUUGCUUCCUCUGGCUCUGGCGUGCAGAGAUGAAUCUCUUCAGGAAAUUAGAGCAACUUUUGUGGAGGCCUGCUGCAAAGUAGCAACAGCUGUCCUGAUGAGGUUGGAGGAAAGAAGUAAAGAUGUCCCUUCCAGAGCUCCACUACAGAACCUCUAUACUAUUCUCUCCACGGCAGUGCAUAUCUGUCAGCAUUUUAAGACAUACCAUGAUUUAAUGAAAGAGCCCAGUGGAAAGCCCUUAUUUCUGAUGCCUCUGCAACAAUAUCAGGAACUGAUCAGAAUUCUUCAGUUUCAAGUUACAGGCUACUGCAUCAGAGUUUGUGCUACAAGCAUUUUACAGGAUGCUGAGAGCCACUACUGGGAAGACAGCAAAGCUUUUUAUGAGGGGGAAAGAUGCUCAUUCUCUGUCCAGAUGUGGCAUUAUUUCUGCUGUGCUCUUCAUCAUGAUCUAUGGACUGUUCUACCCCCUGUGUUAGCCCAGGAGAUUCUAACAGAGGUGCUGGAAGAAACUUUGGCACUCUUUGCUAGCAGAUACUUUCAGGCCCAGCCCAGUUACAAAAGAACACCACAGAUAAGAAUAGAUGUUGCAGCAAUUCUGAUGACCUGUGAACACAUUUUGUGGUCAAUCUGUUUAUCUGUGCAAGAACUUUUGCAUCCUUGUAAAGACAGAAAUCCUCAUAUUUAUAAAAUACACAGACAUUGCAAUAAUUUACUAACAGCAGCUGUUGUUUUAACUACACCUCUGGAGAAUCUAUAUAAAACAUUUCAGAAUGAUAGUGGUGAUCCCUUGCCUUCGGGUGUUUUGGAACCUACUUUUUACCAACCAUUGCACUGGUUAUCCAGCAUAACACAAUUUUCCCCUUCUUUACUGAAGGUUCCAUCAGCCAGAGAAAUGGCUGUUCAGGGUCAACUGAAACUGCUCUUAUCUCAACCAUAUUGUAAUUGGAACUUGCUUUUGGAAACAUUGCUACAUCAUGAUUGUCUCAUAUUGAAAAUUUUGCUGAGAAGUUCCAAAUCUGAAUUGCCCAAAGGUGAAGAAAAGCAUACUUGCCAAGACCUGAAAAAUAGUACAGAAUGUAGUUUAACUGAAGCAAUCUUUACAGUACUGUCUUACUGCACUUUAUCUCCCAAAUCCCUUGGUAGUGUUCUUCAAUACUACAUGGAAAAAGAACAGAUGUGGGCUUGCUUACAUAAUAUAUCAGAUUCUAGCUAUGGUGAAUCAGAGCCUGAGAUUAUCAGAUGCUUGAAAUUGACUUUGAUUAAUUCAGUUAAGGGUAUCGUGAAGCAGAUAAUUUCUUUGAUGCAUUCAUGGGAAGCAACAGAGAACUAUGGAACCUAUCAACAUAAGCAAAUUGUUCCUGAAAGUUUGCUGAAGACUGUUCCAAAGGAAUGGAAUUACACACCUAGAGAAAUGAAGAGAAAAGAAUCUGGGAAAUGCUUUACAAGACUGGCUGCCCAUGCAAUAUCCAUUGUAAUUAGCAAGUUACCUGCGGUGAUUGCAUGUUUGCCAGCCCCAAUUAAAUAUUUCUUUUUUCUCUCUGAGAAAAAAAUGCACAAAAACUUUAUUGAAUCAAAAAAAGCUGGUCUUCUUGUCUGGAUCUUGAUUGUAAUUAUAUGUCGUAUAUUUGAGGAUGGAAACACUACUGAACUUUUAACAGGCACAACACUUGACAGAUGGAGCAAAGAGAAGCUGAGUUUAGUUCGUGUAUGUUUGGAAAGUAUUAUAGAGAGGAAAAAAAGCCCUAAACAAGUGACACACAAGAUUAUACAGAGCAUUGAACAACAAAGACCAAACUGGAUUGAAAGCCAACUAUUAAAAGCAAGAAAAUUGAGCAUAGACAGUAGUGUUACUGCUACAGAAGAUGGUAGAAGCUUAGAAGAGGAAGCUAUUGAGCUUGAAUUGACUGAGCAGAAAAUAAACAUGAUGGUCCUGGAUAUCUGCCACAAACCAGGUGGCAGUGAAUACCUGAGGCAAAUUUAUCACAUCAUCCAGCUCAAUGAGGAAUAUUUGACUGAACAGCUCUCUUAUGAUGGAUCUUCUGAAGAAAACAUUAAACCAUUAAAUAUGACUUUAAGAACCAAAGGAGGACGGUCUGGUUUUGACCCUUUGCACAUGCACUACCUGUACUGCACUAAUGUGUUAGAAAAGUUCACCGUUGCUGAGUGGAAAUGGGAUUGGUCAAAUUUGUUGCCAAGUUAUCUGGGACUAAAUAAGAUGACCUUGAGGGCGCUAUUGGCACACAGUUUCAAUGCUACAGGAUGCUGUGACAUGGUACUGAUCUAUCCUCAUAGUAGUGAAGAGGGGGACUGGUAUCAUUCAUAUCAUAUUACUACUGAUCAUUCCAUGACAAGCUGUGACAGUGGCACAAGAAGGGGAUGGAUAAUGCUGCAGAAAUUUCUAAAUUGCCAGCAAUGUCUGUGCAGAAAAUACAAUAGAUGGGAGAUGAAGGAGGAAGAAACUGUGGAAGAGAAGGAAAAAGAGAUGUUGGAGCACUUAAAAAAACUGUAUCUCAUGCCAACAUCUCCUGCUUCAGAAGUUGAACAGAGAACUUGACAAGAGUACCUUUUUCACUCAACAUUCUUCAACUCAGAAAAGUAAAGCAACCUGUGAUACCUUGAAAACUGUUGGCAUUCCAAACUCUGUAGUUUAUACAGAUUUUCUUUUGUUGAUAGCCUUUCUUGGAAAUGGUUAGGCACUAUAUUUUUCAUUUUUGUCUUACUUAGCUUUAUAUGGUUAUUUUCCCCUUCUAAAGCAUUAUGAGAUUGUUUUUCGAAAUUUAAAUUACAGUAAAUUGUAAAGAUAAAAGUAUUAAGAUUACCAGUGAUGCCUAGUAACUUUGACGCACACUAAGAACUAGAAGCUUAAGGACAGUGCAAAAUAUUACAUGACUAUCUAGUUCAAAUGAAAAUACUAAAAGUGUCUGCACACAAGGGAUGAAAUAUUACACUGGAGUACUGUUUCACAUGUUAGUACAAUGGAAGCACUAUCUUUAAAGGCUACAUUAAGAGUGUCUUUUAAAAUUUAAAACACAUUUUAGUACCAGUUGCAUUUUGGGAGCUUUUAUAGUUUACCAGUUUAUUGAACUGCCAUAGUAAAGUUGCGUUCUUGCACACACUUACCUGGAAGUAAGUCCCACUGAAUUCCAUGAGGCAUACUUCUGAGUAGUUAUAUAUAGUGAUUCUACUAUGUCUACUGCCUCUUGAAUAUUCAAAAGAUGAAAGUUUAAUGACAGGUUUCAUUUUCUAAGUUUACUCUUAGUACUUGUCCAAAAGUAGUAAAAACUGUUUAAUGCCACACUUUUGAUCCCCCAAAAUGGGAAUUUUGAGAGCUUGUUUAGUUUAUAAGAGUGAUGGAUUAAUGGCAUAGCAUUAAUAAUGCUAUAUGACUAUGUCUUUCUUAUAUAUCCAUUCAUACACUGUAGAUAAAGAGUGCAUUUCUACAGAAGGUAGUAGCUAGAGAAUAUGAAAAGAAUAAAAUAGCACAAUUCACCUUUUAUUAAUAUUUAACAUUGUAGUAUCUCAAGGUCUGCAGGAGAUUUACUGCAGAAAGUUCUUAUUUCUGUCUAAAUCUUUUACACGGACCUUUCUAUAAAAACAGCCAGAGGAUCGGAAAGGAUGACAAUGCCUUCCUCUGUACUUCCCUCUUUUCUGCCUUGACCUCUCAAUUAUCUUCAUUAGUAUAAAUAUUUACAUUAGGCAGAAUACUUGUUAUAUUAAGUACAAGAAUCCCAGAGGCUGUGAAUCUUUUGGGAAGCCUGUCACGUGAGAGCAUCCACAUCUUCUCAGACAGGACUGCAAUUCUCAAUACACUUAGUGGUGAAUCAUCCUCACAGACACUAAGGAAGAAUCUUCAUAACUAGGCUUAAUGAAGAGAUGUGAUAUUGAGUUGUUCAGUGGAAAUGCUGCUCUUUCUCUUCAGAAGCUUUUUCAAAUCCUCCAGUACUGCAUUCAGGAAAUGAAUGUAUAAGUAUUUUCAGCUUUAUGCUGGUGGUAUUUCUAGGGCUACCAGUCAAAAUACUUUGCACUGCUAUUCUUUUCCUCAUUGGCCUAUUUUUGUGGAAAGACAAAUGACAGAGGCAUUGAAAAAGCAUAGGAAGGUUACAAGUGGAAAAUGACAUCACCUGGAGGCCCCUCCCACUCGAAUUUUGUAAACAAGGCAGGCUGAAGGCAUGUUAAAUGACUCCUCAGAAUGUUCCCUACAUCUUCAUAAGCAAGGUGUUUAGAUUCCAAGCUUUCAGUAACUAACCAUAUUCCCAAAUUAUAUUUGAAAAUUAUUUGUUGUUGAACUAUGCUCUGAAAUAGCUGGUGGUUAACUUGGUACGCUGAUACAAUUUUAAUUUUGUCAAUAUCCAUCUCCUAGUAAACAAAACAUUUAUAUAACUGGAA